CAAGAAUUCCAAUGUGCUUUGACGCUCGGUUUUAUGCACAAAUGGCAAAUAAAGAAACCUUAACCUUAAAAUAAGUUGCUAAAACUUCCUUUGGAUUAAUUAUAAGAAACACAUGUGAAAAUAUAAUUUAAUGUUUAUUACAAUUUAUUCCCAACAACACUAAAUACCUUCAAACAGUACAUACUAUUGUGACCACUGCCCUAGAGCCCCAAACGCCAGACACAACUUACUUGCACAUGAUUUCAAGAUAAAUAAAAGUAUUAUUUUAUAACAGCACCUUGCCACAGUUAUCAGAUCAGUCCAGCAUCAGACAAAUAACCAAUAAUGCAGCUAUGUCUCCCUUUAUGUCUCCUCUGUAAGUGUUAUCCACCUUCCUCCCAACUCUGACCCCCUAAUGUAAUAAGAAUGCUGUCUUUUAUCUUACACCCUGGAGUAGUUCCGCUGCCACUGUAUUGCCUGCCGAGUGUUCUUCUGAUUCAUACAGAAACUCCCCGAAACAGGGAUGUCCAAUUUGAAUAGAUCCCAACAGAGUUGUCCAACUCAAAGGCAACACUGUGGCUGUCCAAACUGGACUCCAGCCAAGGGAGCACCUCUCAUGCUAGGGGGCAAAUUGUUCAUCUAUUACUUCAUCAUCCCGACUGGAAUAUAAACCGAGGACCAUCCUGAACAGACUGCAUCUCCAUUCCUGUACUCCAUCCAUUAUGGCCGGUUGCCUCACCGUGGAAUGAUUUAAUACAAAACGAACUCCACCAUGAUUUCCAACGUCACACAACUGGAUAAUGCAACUCUGGAAAUGUUCACCAACAGAACUCUCAGCAACACUCUUUCUGUCAUCUAUAUUCUGGUUAUACUGAUAAGCUUUCCUGGCAAUAUCCUGUCAAUGGUGUUACUGGUGUUUCAUACCAAACCCAAAACUCCAACCAUCAUCUUUAUGAUCAACCUGAGCAUCACUGAUCUGGCACUUGGCUCAUUCCUACCAUUCCAAGUUAACUAUCAUAUAAAAGGCUAUGACUGGAAUUAUGGGGAGACACUAUGCAGCGUAGUAUCAGUAAUGUUUUAUGCCAAUAUGUACUGCUCCAUCUUGACCAUGAUGGCUAUCAGUGCUGAGCGCUAUUUUGGCAUUGUACAUCCGAUGAAAUAUGACUGUAGAAGAAACCACUAUGCCAUAGGGGCAUGCCUUGCGAUGUGGGCCUUAGUCUUGGGAGUUAUGUAUCCUAUUCAAAGCACUGAUUUGACAUACAGGGUUAAAGAACUUAAUAUUACCACCUGCUUUGAUGUACUCAAAAAAGAUAUGUUACCAACAAUGCAACACUGGGCAGCUUUCCUCUUUGUGUUAGUUUUUAUCCUCUUUCUGAUUCCUUUUAUUAUAACAGUAUUCUGCUACAUUGCAAUUAUAGUCUGUCUAAUUAAAGAAAGGGAAACCUGUUCUAUACAUAAAAGAAGAGCCAUUUCGCUAGCAAUAUUGGUGGUUUUAGUUUUUGUUACCUGUUUUGCUCCUAAUAAUAUCAUUUUUUUGCUUCAUAUUAUUAACAAAAUUUACUAUAACAAGUCCUACUAUGCAGCUUACAAAUUAUCACUCUCGUUCAGCUGCGUGAACAGUUGCCUCGACCCCUUUAUUUACUAUUUUGCAUCAAAGGAUUUCAGAAGGAAGUUCAGAAAAUUAUUUGGACUUCCAGUUUCAAAUAGUGACCUCAUAACAAUGCAACACUUUCGAGAAAGCCUGUUCUCAGCGAGAUCACUUUCCCAAGGAGAAGCAGAUGAGGAACAGAAUGGAUUGUCUCCAACAUUAAAAAAAAAAGAAUCCACCAUUUAGGAGCUCAAUGUCUUCAGUUGGGGAGCAGAGCAGUGUGAACUGUACUUUUAAAAAAAUGUGAAAGGACUGGAAAUUGCCAGUUGGAACAUUUGUGGAGAACAAUGUGAGACUUUAUGUACCCAUAUGUGCAAAAUGAAAAGUCUUGUUUUUGCAUUACUUUAAGUGUCUUUUGCUUUUAUCAUUCUGACUUCAGUUACUUUGUUAAAAACAGGAACUAAUUGGCACUUCAUUUGAUCUGUUUUAGAAGGAAGAAAAAGUUCCUGUUGGCAAGAUGUCCUAAUAAGCAGAACAAUCUAUUAGCAUGCAUGUUGUCGCCAUGGCUGAAUGUACUAAGUGGAGUGUGAAACAGAAAUUGUGAAAGUUAAACAACUUUUUAAAAGCAUUUAUGCAACAACAAAUAUCUACUUCAGGAGUUAAACGUAAAAUGUGACUUUAAACUCAUACAAAAUAAGGAAACUAUUUUUUGUCUUGUAAAUAAUGCAACAAAAUUUGUAUUAUAUUUAAAGUUACAAUUUUUGAAUAAAGCAGCUCUAUUGA